AGCCAAUCUCUCCAACCUUUUGUACCUGUAAACUUGAUGUAAGCCCAAGGAACGCAAUGAGGGCUUCAUUUCAUCCUGUCUUGUAUGUGUUGGUCUUCUUCGUUUCCUGCGGAGGCAUCAAUGGCGAUUGUGGCUGCAACAAACUGGACAGGGAUAGUGAAAGCUCCAGCUCUUUGUCUUUGGAAUCGGAACAGGAACAAGUGUGCCAGCAACAGGCGCGAAACAAAAACAAAUAUUAUAGAGAUUACUAUGCAGAAGAUGAGGAUGAGAAGCAGGAGCUAAAGGAGACCGAUGAUUAUCCAGAUAUGUCUCUAAUACCAGGUGGCAGUGUUCUUAUUGGCACCGAUCAACCGCAUUUCCAAGCCGAUCGUGAAGCACCUGAGGUUCGUGUUGAUCUAAAGAAUUUCUAUCUAGACAAAUACGAGGUUUCCAAUAGGAAAUUCAAGGAUUUUGUAUUGGCUACCGAAUAUGUAACUGAGGCUGAGCGAUUUGGCGAUAGUUUUCUCUUCAAAACUCUACUUAGUCCGGCAGAGCAAAAAAAUCUAGAAGAUUUCCGUGUAGCCAGUGCCAUCUGGUGGUAUAAGGUCAAAGGUGUAAGUUGGCGGACUCCCAAUGGUGUCAAUAGCAACUUGGACGGUCUGGAGGACCAUCCGGUAGUACAUGUCUCCUGGCGUGAUGCUGUUGCCUUCUGUACUUGGGCAGGCAAACGUUUGCCCACCGAAGCUGAAUGGGAGGCUGCCUGUCGUGGUGGUAAAAAGCGUAAACUCUUUCCAUGGGGUAACAAACUAAUGCCAAGAGAUGAGCAUUGGCUAAACAUUUGGCAGGGAGAUUUUCCCGAUGGCAAUACAGCCGACGAUGGCUAUGAAUACACCUGCCCGGUAAAUGAAUUCCGGCAAAACGAAUAUGAUCUUUACAAUAUUGUGGGUAAUGUCUGGGAAUGGACAUCGGAUUUGUGGCAAACAAAUGAUGUAAGCGAGACUCCAAAUAGAGUAAAAAAAGGUGGCUCGUAUCUGUGUCACAAAUCCUAUUGCUAUCGCUAUCGAUGUGCCGCACGAUCCCAAAAUACUGAGGAUAGUUCAGCUGGUAAUUUAGGUUUUCGAUGUGCCAAGGAUGCUGUGGCGUGAAAUUGUUAUAGAAGUAAUAAAUAAAUGUAUAGAGUAUAAUGUUAUAUUUAGUUUAA